GGAGAGGGAGGAGGAGCAGGAGCGCGUGCUACAGCCACGCCGGCGGCGCGCGCCGAGGCGGGCGCAGACCGGCGGGAGCGGAGCCGGGGGCGCUUCUGGCUCGCGCUUCUCCCUUCCGCCAACCGGCGGCUCGCGCGCCCGGGCUCGUAGAUGGGGCUGAGCGGCGGCCGCUGAGGAGGGCACGGACGGACGGACGGGCGGGCAGCGGGAGCCGGUGCCAGCCGCAGCCAUGCAGCAGGUCCUGGAUAACCUUACUGAUCUGCCAACAUCCACAGGUGCUGAAGAAAUAGACCUGAUUUUUCUUAAAGGCAUUAUGGAAAACCCUAUUGUAAGAUCACUUGCUAAGGCUCAUGAGCGACUGGAAGAUUCUAAACUUGAGGCUGUCAGUGACAACAACCUGGAGCUGGUGAAUGAAAUUCUUGAAGACAUCAGUCCCUUAGUAAAUAAAGAUGAAAAUAUCGCGGAAUUGGUUGGAAUACUCAAGGAGCCUCAUUUUCAGUCACUCUUAGAAGCACAUGAUAUUGUGGCUUCAAAAUGUUACGAUUCCCCUCCUUCUAGCCCAGAAGUCAAUAAUUCUUCAGUGAACAACCAGAUUGUUCCAGUAGAUGCUAUUCGUAUCCUUGGAAUUCACAAAAGAGCAGGAGAACCAUUGGGUGUUACAUUUAGAGUUGAGAACAAUGAUCUGGUAAUAGCACGAAUUCUACAUGGUGGAAUGAUAGAUCGACAAGGUCUUCUGCAUGUAGGUGACAUUAUUAAAGAGGUGAAUGGCCAUGAGGUUGGAAACAAUCCAAAAGAAUUGCAGGAACUGCUGAAAAAUAUUAGUGGCAGUGUCACUCUGAAGAUUCUCCCCAGCUACAGAGACACUGUUAUUCCUCAACAGGUUUUUGUGAAGUGUCAUUUUGAUUAUAAUCCAUAUAAUGACAACCUCAUCCCAUGCAAAGAAGCAGGUUUGAAAUUUUCUAAAGGAGAAAUUCUUCAGAUUGUAAACCGGGAAGAUCCAAAUUGGUGGCAGGCUAGUCAUGUCAAAGAAGGAGGAAGUGCAGGGCUUAUUCCCAGCCAGUUCCUGGAAGAGAAGAGAAAGGCCUUUGUGAGGAGGGACUGGGAUAAUUCAGGGCCUUUCUGUGGAACAAUAAGCAGCAAAAAAAAGAAAAAGAUGAUGUAUCUCACUACAAGAAAUGCAGAAUUUGAUCGUCAUGAAAUCCAGAUCUAUGAAGAAGUAGCCAAAAUGCCUCCUUUUCAGAGGAAAACGUUGGUCUUAAUUGGGGCCCAAGGAGUGGGACGAAGAAGUUUGAAGAACAGGUUUAUAGUACUGAAUCCUACUAGGUUUGGAACCACAGUGCCAUUUACCUCACGAAAGCCCAGGGAUGAUGAAAAAGAUGGGCAAGCGUACAGAUUCGUGUCACGAGCUGAAAUGGAGAUGGAUAUUAAAGCUGGCAGAUAUUUAGAGCAUGGAGAAUAUGAAGGAAAUCUUUAUGGCACAAAAAUUGAUUCCAUCCUUGAAGUUGUUCAGACAGGAAGGACCUGCAUCUUGGACGUGAAUCCACAGGCCCUGAAAAUACUGAGGACUUCUGAAUUCAUGCCCUAUGUGGUGUUUAUUGCUGCUCCGGAGUUGGAGACUCUGCGUGCUAUGCACAAGGCUGUGGUAGAUGCUGGAAUUACAACCAAACUUCUCACUGACACUGAUUUGAAGAAAACAGUGGAUGAAAGUGCACGGAUCCAGAGAGCAUACAACCACUAUUUUGAUCUGACCAUUGUAAAUGACAACCUAGACAAAGCCUUCGAGAAGCUGCAGACUGCUAUCGAGAGGCUGAGGCUGGAACCGCAGUGGGUCCCAAUUAGUUGGGUAUAUUGAGGUUUCCCAGGAGGAGCUCAAGUAACAAAUUCAGCUGCAGCAAGACGCUGAUGCGAUGUGUAGAUACCGGCGAUGACUACGGCACCUGUGCAUUUUUACUCUGUGUAUAUUCCAAAGUACACUGUUCUGAAUUUUUAUAGAAAUGCUGAAGGGAAAGUGUACUUAAAUAUGUAAUUUAUUUUAAUUUUUCUAACUUUUUACAGGUAACCUUUCUAUUCAUAUCACAUGAAGGAAAUGCGUUUAAGCAUUUUUUCUAUGUUUUGAUUUCGUACCUUUGCCUUUUUCAUCUAAGAAACUUUCAGUCGUUCACUUCAACACUUACAUCUUGGUCUUACAUUUUCACUGUGAUUAAAAAAAGGAUACUUGAAAUAAUAUUUUGUAAACCUUGUUAACGUCAGUGUUCAACCAGUCAAAAGUCUAUAGCUCUUAUUAGGAAAGAACUCUAUAAUUUCUUUGGUUUUUUUUUUUCCUUAUAAAAUAAUAACUUCAUGGGAGCAGAAUUUUAAGUAUUAAAAGCAGCGACAAACACACAGCUCCAUUGCUCCAGCUUCUUUCCGCUUAAUGUUGGUGCAUUCUUGAUGUUUCACAAAUUCUUUCUGUCUCUUGAUUUUGACAACUGUUGUGUAGGUUCCCUUACACGCGUCUCUUCAAAUAACGUAAAGCAAUACCUUGCAUGCUGCUUAUGAGGCCGUUUUGGAGAGCCAGCCUGUUAGCCUGUUGUGGCUGAAGGACUGAUACUAGAAAGCUGGUACACAGGGUAACUCCAUGCAAUUGGAAUAAUGGGGAAGUAGCCUGGGAGAGAACCUGGUAAUGUGGAGCCUUGUAGAGUGAAGCUUAACAUUUAGGAGUAUUUAUUCACAUUGUGAAAACACACUGCUUAAAAAAAGGGGGGGCAUUUUCUUUUCUUAGGACAUUGUUUGAUAUUUGUAUGGUGAUCUUUGGCUUAAUUUUCUGUGCUAGCCAGCUGGGUUCUAUAUUUUGGAAUAUUUGUAUGUGAUGAACUGCUGUAUUUUUAGGAGCGUGAUGUAGUAGAGUUUCUGUGCUUUUUGUUGCAUUGGUUUUAAUUGCAUUUUUAACGAGCUAGUUUGUGAAUUGGAAGCUUACUGCUAAAAAGCAAUGAUGUUGUUUGUACCUUUUUGUUUUACAACAUACUUCCUUUUGUUAAUGACAGUUCUUCCCUUAGUAGGCUCAUUGAUACAAUUCACAUUAGGCUCAAGUUCAUUGAUCAAAACUUACGCUGAUGUAAAUUUCUGCUUAAUAAGAACAAAAUGAAAAUGUAGCUCAUUGCUAAGACUAGCUCUUUUUGUGACCCUGUUUUAUAUUGUAAUGUCAGCUGUUGUAUAUAGUAACAUUCACCAUCACUUACCAGAUUAGGUGUCUGAACUGAAGUCAUCUAUCUGUUUUAAUUUCUCUUCCAUCUGGUGACAGGCACCUGGCUUCUGACUUCUUUCUCAACACCAAAGUGUGACAUGGAAUGCUAUUGAAAGGCAACUUCAUCAGAACUAUUUCUGAAGGAAAAGAGGCUUAGACAUUGUAAACCAGUGUUGCUUCCUGGGGCUUUUAAAGACUUAUGUGCACAAGGAAAAGAAAAAUGGAGUAGAUGCAGUAUUGGAAAAGUGUCAAUCUCAAACACCCCUCCAGACAAACACCCGUACACUACAGGUGAUUUUUGCAAAGCCUAUGAAGUUGGUUGCUGCGGGGUAAAAAGGGCAAGGAGGGCUUGAGAUCUGUGUGUGUGGAAAACAUUAGUUGAAGCUGUUUAUAGCACAGGUAAUCCUUGUGGCUCCUGGUACUGAGAUCUUGGUCUUUCAGAGGGGAUGAAAUUCUCUGAGGA